AUGUUUAUUUACAUUUUGUUUUUAAUAUGGUUGUUUGCACGUGUGAAUGUUACCAAAAUUAAUUUAUUUAUUGUGGUAUUUUAUCCCUAUAAAAGAUAAUGAAAUUCGCUUACAAGUUUUGUAAUCUGUUUGGGACUGUGUACCGGAAGGGCAAUCUCCUCUUCACUCCAGAUGGGAACUCGGUCAUCAGUCCUGUGGGGAACAGAAUUGCAAUUUAUGAUUUAAAGAACAACAAAUCUUCAACUCUCCCGGUUGAAGGCCGUUUUAAUUACACGACCCUUGAUUUAUCACCAAAUGGCUGCACCCUUAUUGCAGUCAAUGAAGAGGGUGAAGCCCAUUUGAUCAGCAUGGUGAGUCAGAGGAUAAUCCACAAGUACCGUUUCAAGCGUCAUGUUUCAUGCCUGCGUUUUAGUCCAGAUGGCAAGCACUUUGCAGCAUGCAAGGAUAACAGUGUUUUUGUCUUCAAGGCUCCAGGACCCCACAGUGGGGAAUUCAACCCAUUUAUAAUGGAACGAGUUUUCCAUGGGGCAUUUGAUGAAAUAACUUGCAUGGAUUGGUCUUCAGAUUCAAGGGUCCUGGCGGUUGGCUCAAAGGAUAUGAGCACGAAGCUCUACAGCCUUGAGAAGCUUGCCAACUUCAAGGUAUAUUCUUUGGGAAGCCAUACAGACUGCAUAGUGGCCUGCUUCUUUGAGAAGGGAUCCCUAGAUCUCACAACAUUGAGCCGCAAUGGACAGGUGUGCGUGUGGGAGUGCAGUAUUGACAUGGAUUCACUCCAGCCAUGGGAGCCACCUGUCAAGAAGAAGCGUGAGGAGACCCAUAGUGACAGUGAAGAUGAUAUAGACACCUCCAAAGCUGAGGAAAACCAUGCAGUAGAAGAGGUAGCUGCAGCAGAGUCAACAAACAGUGACAAACUGUUCUACAGGCGCCUUGCACGACACUACUUAUGUGACCUCAUGAAAGAGGAGCGUGAGGUCAAGCUGACCUGUGCUGCGUACCACAAGGAGACACACAUCCUCAUCACUGGCUUCUCUAAUGGAUCAUUCCUUGUGCACGAGCUUCCAGAGGUCAAUCACAUUCACUCACUGAGUAUCUCGGACCAGUGCAUUUCAUCCAUAGCACUUAACAAUACCGGAGACUGGGUUGCUCUGGGGUGUGUUGGUCUGGGGCAGUUGCUGGUAUGGGAGUGGCAGAGUGAAACAUACAUCAUGAAACAGCAGGGCCACUUCAACAAUAUGACAUCCUUUGCUUACUCCUCAGAUGGACAGUAUAUAGUCACUGGAGGGGAGGACGGCAAGGUGAAGCUUUGGAAUACUAGCACAGGGUUCUGCUUUGUGACAUUUCAUGAGCACACGUCAAGCAUCUCUGGUGUACAGUUUAGCCGCAACAGGAAGUUCAUUGUCUCGGCAUCUCGUGACGGCACAGUUAGGGCAUAUGAUAUGAUGAGGUACCGUAACUUCCGCACAUUUGCUUCCCCACGACCAGCUCAAUUUGCCUGUGUGGCCAUGGAUUCAACAGGAGAGUUUGUGGCUGCAGGUGGCCAUGAUGUGUUCGAAAUUUACUUGUGGUCUAUGAAGAUAGGCCGACUGUUGGAGGUACUCACUGGCCAUGAGGGUCCAGUUGUGAGUGUUGCGUUCAGCCCUAGUCCUGCCAGCACUGCCCUUGCAUCAGUCAGCUGGGACAAGACGCUGAAGCUGUGGAAUGCCGUCGAGUCUGGCAGCAGCCAUGAGACUGUUCAGCUUACAGCAGACGGGUUGUGUGUGACAUACAGACCAGAUGGUGAGGAAGUCGCAGUGGCGACACUGGAUGGACAAAUCACAUUUUUUGACUGCAAGACCUCACAACAGACAGGCAGUAUUGAGGGUCGCAAUGACUUGGGCAGUGGGCGUUCAGACACGGAUCUCAUUACAGCCAAGAAGAGUCUUCAGGGAAAAGCAUUCACAAGUCUCUGUUAUACUGCAGAUGGCAGUUGUAUCUUAGCUGGUGGACAGUCAAAGAACGUCUGUAUAUAUAAUGUCGCCGAAGCUCUGCUGCUGAAGAAGUUCGAAAUCACGCAGAAUCGUUCAUUUGAUGCUGUUGAUGAUUUUAUAAACCGGCGUAAGAUGACAGAAUUUGGUAACAUGGCAUUGGUGGAGGAGCGAGAGGAACAGGAAGGUGGCAGCGUUGCAAUUAGUUUGCCGGGAGUGCGAUCUGGUGACAUGGCAGCUAGAGCGUUCAAACCUGAAGUGAGGGUGUACUGCUUGCAGUUCUCGCCUACAGGGCAGGAGUGGGCUGCUGCCACCACUGAGGGGUUGCUCAUAUACUCAUUAGAUACAAGCAUGGUGUUCGAUCCAUUUCUGUUGGAACAGAGCAUAACACCAGAUUCUGUAAGGAAAACUCUCCAAGAAGAGGAUUGGCCUAAAGCCCUGAUGAUGUCCAUCAGGUUGAAUGAACCAGAUCUGAUCCAGCAAGUGGUGGAGACCACGAGGCCUUCAGAUGUGGAAAUGACUGUUAGGUCACUUCCUAGGGUAUACUUGGAGCGUGCACUCAAAUUUGUGGCAUCAAGCCUGGAGUCCACAUGCCACAUUGAAUUCUACCUGAUUUGGGUGCAGCAUCUGGUGACGGUGUAUGGAUCCACAUUUCAGGCCAAUUCCAGGGAAGCUCAGGUGACACCCAUCCUGCUGACUCUGCAGAAGAAUCUGACAAAGAAGUAUGAGGAACUUGCAAAAAUAUGUGACUUCAAUAAGUACACACUUCAGUACCUUGCAAAGCUUGGAGAGAUGAAAAGUGCUAUGAAGGUGCCAGAGGAGAUGCACAUUGACAGUCUGACAGGUGCUGACGACGGAUGAUUCAGGCAGAGCGGCUGAAGGGCGUAUUUCUACAGUCAUCGUCGAUGUUCAGAAAAUUAAUGUAAUGUAAAAUAGAAUAAAUAUUUUAUACUUCA